AUGGGCCAUGGCCCAGGAAGCGCACGCCCACUCGUCGGCUUCACCAUCCCCGGCGGCCCGACUGGCAAAACGGUUGACAUCUGUGUUGCGGAAGCUGGCGUCGGGCUGCUCCGACUGAGGCAAUGCAAGCGGUUCGGCAGCCAAGAGACCUCGCAGGCGGCUGGCUUAUCUCGUCCUGGGUGA